AACCAACAUAGAAUAAACCCAUACGAUGGCCGCGGCAGAUAGAAGAACUAAAAUAUUUCCUAGAAUCAAGUGUGUACGAGCGUAUGUCUCUGAGUCAAAGGCCGAGGACCAUGGAGCAGACUGUACCAAUGUGGAAGACACUCAUUGGAUCAAUGGAUACCCCACCCCAAUCGCCAACCCGAUGUCUGGGUACGAGCAGUACGCCUCCACUCGGAAGUCCUGGGGCAUCAACGCUCUCGGUACAUUGGUUGUAGAGGUGGAAGCAGAAAACGGGACGUGUGGAGUCGGCGUGACCAUUGGCGGAGUACCAGGCUGUUACAUCGUGGAGAAACACCUCAGCAGAUUCGUGGAAGGACAAGAUCCUCGCGAUGUGGAACUCAUGUGGGACCAGAUGUUCCGAGCGACUCUCAACUACGGACGCAAGGGGCUGCCAAUUCAGUGCAUCAGUGCCAUCGAUCUAGCCUUGUGGGAUCUGCUGGGAAAGUUGAGAAAUGAGCCGGUGUAUGCAUUACUUGGCGGGAAAACCAAGCAACGUCUGCCAGUGUAUUGCACUACCUCUCGUCCAGACAUUGCUAAACAAUUAGGAUUUGUUGGUUCAAAACUCCCUUGUGCCUUUGGGCCUGCCAAUGGGGAUGAAGGUCUAAAGAAAAAUGUGGAAAUAUUCAAACAAUGGCGCGAGACGGUGGGUCCUGAUUUUCCGUUGAUGCUAGAUUGCUACAUGGCACUAACUGUCCCAUAUACUAUCAAAUUGGCAAAAGCAUUAGAACCUCUGGGACUAAAAUGGAUUGAGGAGUUUUUGCCUCCAGAUAACUACGAUGGCUACAAAGAAGUGCGCGAAGCAUUGAGAAGUUCAACGGUUUUACUAACCACGGCUGAACAUGAAUACAGUCGCUAUGGUUACCAGUUGCUCCUCAAUUCUAAAUGCGUGGAUAUACUCCAACCAGACAUUACAUGGCUGGGUGGCGUUACAGAGGCGCGCAGAAUUGUUGCCAUGGCUUCCGCUCACGACGUCUUAGUAAUUCCACACGGAUCCAGCAUUUAUUCCUAUCACCUUCAAUACGCCUUCCGGAAUUGUCCACUGGCAGAAUUUAUCAACCUGAGUCCAAAAGCAGACAAAAUAGUUCCGUACUUUGGCGGAUUGUUUCCCGACGAACCCUUGCCUGCAAAUGGUUUCAUAGACCUUCCAGAUCGUCCCGGAUUUGGUGUGACGUUGUGCAAGGACAGCUUGCGUCGGCCAUUCAAGCGCAGUGAUGAAGACUCUCGAGCUCAGGCGACUAAAAACGUCGCGUACAAGUCUCAAGAGAAACCGCAUAUGCCAUUUUAGUGAUUGACUUUACUAGAGUACUGUUUUGCAUUUAUUAAC